AUGACGAGGUUUUCGCGGGAAGCUCUGCGAAGAAGAAUGAAAGUCAAAACGAUUAAAUCAAAAGAUAAGAAGAAGGAACAAGAUAAAACAUACACAGAAUCAGGAAGAACGGACGAUGGUGGGUGGAUUGGAAGAGUGAAAGGAGGAGAGAUAGAGAGAGAAGUAUUUGUUAAGUAG